AAUAGACGUUUAUUUGACAUCUGAUGGGAAACGUCCUAUAGACGUAUUGCAGAUGAGCAAACAAUCUAAAAAAAAUACGUCUUGCAGAUGUAAAUGCAGAUGUCAAAUAGACGUCUUCGAGAUGUACCUGCGCUAUCAGGGUAAAAACAACUUUAAAGGCCUUUUUUUCAAUAUUUAGAUUUUUUUGCACCCUCAGAACAAACCAUACAUCAACAGAAAGCUUAUGUAUUCAGCUUUCAGAUGAUGUAUGCAUCUCAAAUUUUAAAAAAUUGACCCUUAUGACUGGUUUGUGGUCCAGGGUCACAUAUGUAAUUUAUGCACUACUGGUCUUGCCCAAAGUCACACCAAUAUUUUCAUCUUGUCAGAAUUCUAAAAAAUAGUAAUGUUUUGAUUUUUUUGAAUUUCGAAAGCUGGGAUAGGAGAAAGUAUGGUAGCAUUCGAAACAUAACACACAGCUGCACGACUGAAUGGCUAUACGUAUCACAGUGGCUGUAGGUUAAUAAGUGCAAGAUGCUGUAAGGAGUUACUCAGGCAGAUGUGCAUUAGCUAAUGUUGCCUGAACGCAGCUGGGUUGGGUAGGGCUAAUAGACAGACCAUAACACUAUGACAUCACCAAGAGAGUGGGGGAAGCUGAGCUGAGAGAGAGAGAGGGAAUGAAGAAGAGAGGGAGGGAUUGAGCAAGCCACAGUAAGGGACAGAGCAACUGUCAGAAAGCAGAGAGAGAGAGACGGAGAGGACGCAGGGCUAGACACAGUCCGCGCAGAACCUUGCGGAUUUCUCCUUUGCUCCCACUGCAUCUUUCCUUUUCCCUUCCCUAGCCAUCCCCCCUUCCCCUCCCUCUUCCCCCCACUGUCCUCUCCGCUCUGGACCGCUCCUCCGGGCAUGCUACUUAAGCCAAAGUAUGGCCGCUUCCGGAACGACUCUGUGACCUCCUCCGACGACCUGAUGCAGAGCCUGGCCAUGAGCGGGAAGGUGGUGGCCACCCCGGUGGCCUCCUCGUCCACGCCUGGCUUGGAGCUGCCGCCCCUGGAGACUGCUGCCCUUCCUCCGCCUUCGGCCCAGGUGCUGGCUGACUCGCCCGGGCUGGACGGCGAGCAGGACGGCACCACCACCUUCUGCAUGCUCAUUCCUAAAAUGCCCCAGUGGAAGUUCUCCAACUCGUUGCUCAGCCGUAGCCCGUCCAACAGCAGCUCCAGCUCCAGUUCCAGCAAGGAUUCCGGCAGGGUGCCUCCGACCGAUAGUUCUCCCGCUUCGGCUUCUGGGGGGGUGGCUGCCGCCAGUGGUCCUGUGGCCAGUCUCGCAGCUGUUUUCAACUCCUGUGACCCUGUUUGUGUGGGCCCAUGUUCCCUACAGGCCGCCAGGAGGCAGAGGGCCAGUCCGAGAGAGUCCGCCGAGGGGAGUCCGGGGAGCUUCAGGACCGGGAUGAACCGGAGGACCAGGGUGGAGGGAAUGUGGCUGGGGGAUAACUUCACCCAAAAGGGCAGCUUCAUCAACAAGCCCUCGCAGGGGUGGUUGCACCCAGACAAGAAGAUCAGCAGCACGGGGGCUUCGUACAUCGUCAGGUACAUGGGCUGCAUUGAGGUUCUGAAAUCGAUGAGAUCUUUGGACUUCAACACUAGGACACAAGUCACAAGAGAGGCCAUCAACAGGUUGUGUGAAGCUGUACCCGGAGGAAAAGCUGCCUGGAAGAAGAAAGCCACCAACAAAACCCUGCAGUCUAUCAUGGGGAAGAGUAACCUACGUUUUGCUGGAAUGAGCAUCGGCGUCAACAUCUCCAUUGACGGCUUGAGUCUCCUCGUCCCCACCACGCGACAGGUGAUUGCCCAUCACCCCAUGCAGUCCAUAUCUUUCGCCUCUGGUGGAGACUCGGAUACACCCGAUUACGUCGCGUAUGUGGCCAAAGACCCUGUCAAUCAAAGAGCAUGUCACAUCCUGGAGUGCUGUGACGGUCUUGCCCAGAAUGUGAUCAGUACCAUCGGCCAGGCCUUUGAACUGCAGUUCAAACAGUACCUACACAGCCCACCCAAAGCCAUUCCCACCAUGGAUAGGACCAUACGAACAGAAGAGUCGGCGUGGGGUGAUGACGAGGAAUCGUCUGAGCACGAUUACUACAACAGCAUCCCAGGAAAGGAGCCUCCUGUCGGGGGAGUGGUGGACUCUAGGCUCAGGCCUCCGGCGGGCCUACUGGGUCACGUCCACACGCAACCACAGAGCAAAACUCUUCAGACAGGGUCACCGGCCAAAAGAGAUGCAGCCAGCCUCCCUGCCCCCAACUUGUGUUAUGAAAUGCAAUGGGACAUGGAGAACAACAGCAGCUCAAGUUUGACUUCCGAUGGUUACCUGCGAGCAGACGGUCGUCCUCAAGGUAGCCGCGAUUACGAGGAACACCUGUAUGUAAAUACCCAGAAUCUAGACAACAUGGAGGCCUCAGCGGACGCCCGAGGAGGACGUAGACCUGAAAGUCCAAAGAAAGACAUUUUCGAUAUGAGGCCGUUUGAGGACGCUCUGCGUCUGCACGAGGCUGGUGGAGUUUGUAUAUUGGAGGACAAGUGGCCGAGUCCCCCACGGCGCCGGGCCCCCGUCGCCCCUACAGAGGACCAGCUGCGGCGGGAGAUGUGGUACCACGGCCGCAUGAGCCGCAGGGACGCAGAGAAUUUGCUGGCCCGAGAUGGAGAUUUCCUGGUGCGGGACAGCGCCACUAACCCGGGCCAGUAUGUGCUGACUGGGAUGCAGUGUGGGCUUCCUAAACAUUUGCUGUUGGUGGAUCCAGAAGGAGUGGUUCGGACUAAAGACAUGCUUUUCGAGAGCAUCAGCCACCUGAUCAACUACCACCUGACAAACAAGCUGCCGAUUGUUGCAGCAGAGAGCGAGUUGCACCUCCAGCAGGUGGUCUGCAGAAAGAACUGACUUCCAUUUGAAGCCCAUACAGAGUACAAGGGUGCAAGGCCGUCCCCUGUGCCACCAGUCUAGAGGCCCCACACUAUUGCCUUAAACAGACUUUGAGCUUCCACUGGGACUUGUGGGAUGUCGCUGUUCCUUAGGCACCGACCACAAACAGCUUUCAGCAUGUCUUGCUCAAUCGACCCCUUCUUCAACAGAGAAGACCCCAACUGAGAGUUUGGCACUGGAAAAUAACAGACUGUUUCCCAACAGACUGUUCUUGGCAUUGCCUGUCAGAAAUGUGAACUUAUGUGAAACACAUGAGACAAACCGUCUUAUUCCCUUCCUUUACAUCCGUACGAGCGCUCGUCGUCAGUGAGCUGUUGUUUCUAAAUGUGAUGUUAUUCAGUAACCGUGGCUCUGAUCUUCUCUGAUGGUCACCUCUGAGACUCUGGACAUCAUUGUGCUGUGCUUACCAACGGUUUGCUCUCAGGAUGCGGUAUUUGUUAAGGACGUUAUAUAAAGCUCAUAAGCUCAGUCGCUCUAAUGCAGUCCUAUCAAAUGCACACGUUUAAUUUAUGAACUCAGGACCAAACGUUUGGGUCAUGCUCAUGUGAUAUUGCCAUUUUUUAAACCUUAGUGAUCCAGACAUGCAUUAUACUUAACAAAUACACAUAUUCCAGUUGUGUUUAGUCACAAACAAAAGCCCACAAUGUGCACAGUUUCGUUUAAAGGUGAAUUCGGGAGUUUGCUGUGCCCACAUUAGCGAAACGUAAGUGUAGGAAGCAAAGACGGUCUGCUGUCCGUUAUCAAUAGUGUAGCGCUGAAUGAAGCACUAAUUAAACGAUUCCAAACUAAGCAGGUUUUUAGUGCCAAACGUGGUGAAUUUGCGACAAUACAAACUUGAAUUCGAUGCGAAAUAUUGGAAUAUUUCGCCUUAAGGUAUGGUCACGUUUGCCAACGUUUAGCGAAUUUUCACAGGCGAAAUACAGUCAUUUCAAUAGGUUUGUUACACCUGACAAACAAGCUGCUAAUUUCCGUAACAAACUUAAAUAUGAUGCAGAAUUUGCAUUUAUUCAAUUUCACGUCAAGUUGCAAGAAAUUUACUAAAGUUCAGCAAAUUUUAGCAGGCAAUCUAGUCAUUUUAGUAGGAAUCUAUACGAUCAGGAAUUUUGCAUGAAACAUAUUCGCAUUGCACCACUCACUCUAGAUUUCUCGCGUAAAUAAAAACAUAAUGCUCUUCUCUGUUUUCUAAAACAACGAACACGUCAUUAAGCGCGUCAUACGAAUUUGCUGCUCAAGUUACAAUUUUUCAACUUGUGCGAAAAACGCAGUUGAUAAAAAUAUUGCCACGGCCGCCAUGUAUUUGCCUGUGUUCGCGUCUUUGCAUUGACUUUGUGUGUAAUUUACUAGUGAAAUAAUUAAAUUCACUCUUGACGUGCACACAUCAUAAGAUUUCCCUACAUAGGUUUUGCAGCUGGUUCAAGUUGGUCAUCCGGAUUUGCCACGUUGACCAACAAAAAAUGGCUUGAACUUCUACGUAACAACUUAAUAAUGCUCUCCUCCAUUUUCUGAUACUACCAGACGUGUCAAUAAGCUUUUCGCUUCCUGCGAACUUCAAGCUCGUUCAACUCGUUCAAGAUGCGACUGACACGGAUAUUGCGAGUUCGCAGGAAUGCAUCUUUGCAUCGACUUUGUAUGUAAUCUACUAACCCAAAUAAUUAAUUUGAUGAGAAUCUGAUGUGAAAUGUUUUUGGGGAAAUGUUUCACCUCAAGGUGCGAGACAUUGACCAAAUUUCAGCAAAUUUUAGCGGGCGAAAUCUAGUCAUUUCAAUAGGAAUCGGUACGAUCAGGAAUUUCGCGCGAGCGUAUUAGGCUCUGCACACCGAAAGCGUAGCGAAUAUUCACACACUCAAUAUUACUUGUACGAAUAAAAACAUAAUAAUGCUCUCCUCUAUUUUCUGAUACAACCGGACGUGUCAGUAAGCUCUUUGCUGAUCGGCUUGCACGACAAUGCAUGUCAAUUUCCCACUUGAGUUGAAAUUUUUGAGAUGAAUAUUGCAUUUUUGCGGCAACCACGUUGCCCGCCACGAAUUUGUGUCUGUUCGCAUCUUCGCAUUGACUUCGUAUGUAAUCUUCUU